AUGCUCAAAUGUACGCAAGGCUGGGCCAAAGCAAAUGACCCGGGAGCUAUCGGAACGUCUAAAAAACCACAAAAGAGGGAAAACAAGACUACAAAGAAACAAAAUGAUCACCGAACCACUGAAAAAAAGGUUACAAAACAUCUAACGACUCAUCACGAUACCACACGACAUUCUACACAUCCGACGUCCCAUGUCAUCACAACUGUGCAAACUAGCGGUCCAACCAGUCCGAUUGAAAAGACGACGGCAACUGCGGCCACAGAUGAGGAAACGUCCGCUGAAACGAAGGCUGAUACAGCAUUGAGAAAAGAAGUUACUUUUACUGCUGUACCGGUACAAAACGCAUCGGAAUCAGGUGCUUUUGAUGAAAUUAAAGAACAACCACAAAUUGAUAUUCCUGAUGAAGAAGAUACGAAACGUCAAAAAACGACUAUGUUCCUGAUCAUUAUGGGAGUGCUCGCGAUCGCUCACGUCUGCCUCAUCUCACUCCUUAUUCUCUCAUGCCGAUGCUACGUUGACACGCCGUAA